AUGUGCCAGGUGGAGGAAGACUACCAGCAGCAGCUCGAGCGUGCUCACGUGCCCAGCGUAUCGAAGAAAUGUGUGAAAUGCAAAGAGGGGCGGGCAGCUGUGGUCAUCAGAGUUGGAGACGCUUACUGCAGGAACUGCUUCAGAGACAGCUUCGUCCACAAGUUCCGAGCCAUGCUGGGCAAAACCAGAGUCAUCUUUCCUGGAGAGAAGGUGGUAGUCACACAAAGCACAGAGGGAUUUGUUAAACCCCAAGAAAUCAAGACAUUAGGAGUCGGGGACUACUUUGGAGAGAGGGCUCUCAUCAGUGAGGAUGUCCGCUCUGCCAACAUUAUCUGCAAUGAGAAUGACACUCACUGCCUGGUGGUGGACAGAGACAAUUUCAACCAAAUGGUUGGAACAUAUGAGGAGCUCCAGGCUUCCCUCAAGGAAUAUGUGGAAGAGCUCUCCAGAAGUGAUGAGAGAAGAAACUUCAUGUCCCAGUCACCUCCAACUGAAUCUGCAGAGGGUCUGGAGAUGCAGAGUUUGAGGGAGAGGAUUGCUCUGCUUCCUGCACAUCAACCGUUCCAAGAGCUUGUAGUCAUAGCAACGCUGGGCGUGGGGGGAUUUGGACGAGUGGAGCUAGUGAGCUUCAGGAGCACUUUAAUACCAAUCCAUCACCUUUGAUUUGUCAGUUUGGACGGUUUUAGUCACCUCUGACCACUAUUCCCAUGUAGCUGGCACAUUAAACGACACCAUAAAUAGUAGUGUGUGGACCUUUCAGCGAGAAGAGCGAGUCUAAAUAUUAAAUAACAAUAUGCCAUCCUAGCAUUUCUGUAACAUAAAAAAGUUGUAGGUAAAUAAAUGGCUUAGCUGGAGAUGACCACGAAAAUAUUUUAAGGUCAUGUAAGAGCUGAGUAACUUUUGG